GCAAUCUCUACCAUCCAUGAGAUCAUCACUGGGCUAAUCACUCACUAAUUGCUGCCCUCUGCACACUAACUCACUAACGCCUUAAGCACAACCCUUGAUCUAUCUAUCCAUUAUGUUUAAUCAAAGAUAGCAGAUCUGGUUGGGCUGAUCCGAUCUCUCUAGCUCGUUCCAUUCCUGGUCCACUCCCCAGCCACCCUUCCGAAUCUCAUUGGCCCUGUUCCGUUAUAUUAGACACUUACUUCAUAGCUCUGCUUCUUGGAGCCAACUCAUCAUUCUGCCCCUUCCCCAGACCUCCUUCCACCCCCCGUGGUAUGACUCCUUGAGAACAGUUUACAUGGCCAGUAUGAUGCACCGGCCUCACUUUCACAAGCCUAAGGAAGGCGAGCGGAAAGCCUCCCCUCCUGGCCCAACCUACAUGUCUAACGACCAGAUCGCAACCUAUCUAAAAGAUCUACGGUCAAAUCGCCCUGCCCGUCCCGGGGGAUCCAGGCCGCUCCUUGCAAAAUCAACCGGAUCAUCAUCUGGUGCUCAAGAGGACCUACCUCCGCGGGCGGCAUCUGCGAUGUCGUCGUAUGGACAUUCGGAGGAGCACUCGAGCAUGCCAGGAACCGAGGUCGAACAUCCUCGAGCUACCAGCUCCCUUUCCAACCAUAGACCAGCUUCGUCUCGAGGCGUCUUGGGUAGCCCAGUCGGGCGCCCGUUGGUCCAUGAACCGAGAACAGUCCCCGUACGGCAAAAUAUCUCACCUGCUCGAGCUUUCAGCCGUGCUGGUCCUACCUCCCCAGGUUCCGCUUAUCGUGAGAGUCACCAACGGCGAAUAGAGAAGGAGGAAGCAAGAUCUUUACGUGAUGCACUGCAAGAGAUGGACCUGGAGGGUGAUAUCGAGCUCCAUCAAGCUGCUCAAGACGAGGCUACAGAGCUGGUGUGGAUGCAUCAGAACCCUGGCUUGCCUUACAAGAAUCCAUAUGCGCCAUAUCAUAAUCCCGAUUUGAGCUCGCCUGAGAAAAGCCCAGAUAGGAGUAGUUACUAUCCACGGGGGCAAGAGCUCGGCUCCCCGACUCCGCGAAGGGGCAGUCGGCGCCUUGCAUACCAGGGAUCGACCGUCAGCUACAGCGGUCCCAAAUCGGAUUAUGAAAAGUCUACAGGCUAUGAAAACUCACAACCCAUUUUCGGGGAAGAGCUUCCGAGCCCGAGGAAAGACGGAACCCUGCGGAAAAACCUCAAAGUCAACUUUGCUUUACCCCAAGAAGAAGUAUCGCCUAAGCACUCGAGCAACAGCCAUGGGCUGGGCUUGGUGAACACCGGCAAAGACUCAUCGAAGGGAAUAUUCAGGAACCCCCAUGAUCGGAUAUACGAAGAACCUCGGCUCGCUUCCCGCAAAGAUGAGGAAACUCGUCCCAACUUUUCGAGAUCAGAUUCAUCGGCAUUGAAAAAUACGCCACGGAAUGCUCUUCCUCGCGGAUCACGGCCACUUCCUAGUCGGUUCAGUAGCUUACCGUUUGUUGACAAGCUGUCCCGUUUUGAGAUCCACAAGAACCCCCCAACCCAAUCAAGAAACCCUGAGUAUAAAAUGAAUAGCUCGCAUUCACAGCCAUUCAUGGGUCCUUCAGUGGUGGAGGAGCAGGUUCCCAUGAAAGAUGGUGUCGAGAUUCGUGGCGAUGAUAUUCGUGCAGCCACAAGCAAGAGAUUGAAAGACCGGAGCACUUGGUUACCCAUGCCAACUGCCGUAAGUGACCGUGCUGGCCGGCCGAUCGUGAGUUUCGAUCCGUCUUGGAGGCCCACCGAGGCGCAAAGUCCCGGCAAGCGAGAUAGCCCGAAGGGAUGGGACGCGACCCCAAUCGCUCCUUCUCCAGAACCUUCUGCCCCGACAAUUCAAAUAUCUGAGGCGCUAUCGAUUCCGGUCAUUAACUUGCCAGAUGACAAGGAACCAACUAUCUCCGAAAUGGCUGGCCCAUCCCAGAGCCGUGCAACCAACGAGAGGUCAUCUUCAAUCCCGGUAAAGAGCAGCGAACUCCCCAACCAGUCUCCUAAGAAACCUACGGCAGGGCUAAAGGAUCGCUGGCUAUCUACCUACACGCGCUCUGGUGUACCUACUGCGGCAUGUGAGGCCUGUACUCUCCCAAUUGCGGGAAAGAUCGUGACUGCUGCUGGGACUCGGUUCCAUCCAGAGUGUUUCGUGUGUCAUCAUUGCCAAACUCCCUUGGAAUGUGUUGCAUUCUAUGAGGAACCAGCGGCAAAACGCAAUGAACGACUUGCAGAAGCCCAUCAUGAUGACGAGGAAGCUUUCGCACCGAGGUUUUACUGUCACCUUGACUUCCAUGAGCACUUUAGUCCAAGAUGCAAGAGUUGCAAGACUCCAAUAGAAGGAGAAGUGGUCGUUGCCUGCGGAUCUGAGUGGCACGUUGGUCACUUUUUCUGUGCCGAAUGCGGCGAUCCUUUCAACGCGGAGACGCCGUUCGUAGAAAAGGACGGUUUUGCAUGGUGUUUACAAUGCCACUCCCGCCGCACAGCGCCUCGGUGUCUUGGCUGCAAGAAGCCUGUGUUGGACGAUGUUGUGAUUAGCGCAAUUGGCGGACAGUGGCAUGACCAGUGCUUUGUUUGCCACGAGUGCGGCGAUGGAUUCGGUGCCGAUGGUCGAUACUUCGUUCGCGAAGGUGGACCACGAAGAACAGCCAAGGGACGCAUUAUCGGUGGGCCAGUUCAGCUGGCCGUCUGUGAAAGAUGUGAAGGCAUCCGAUUGAAGGCCUCGCCUUGACAUAGAAGAUCAUUUUGAGUCUUCAGGAACCAUUCAACUAGCCUGGAAGAUACUGGCUUGGAAAUUGAUCGAUGUGAUGAUUACCUUGACGAUCUACAUGUGAUUGGGUGCAGUACGCCCAGCAGCAUUUCCCCACUGUCUGAUUGUAUUUUUUUCGAUGAAACAUGUCAAUUGCAUAGCACCCAGCGGGAGUUUUCCAAGAAUGUGCAUAUGCUUAGGGGUAUUAUGAUGGUACUCAUUCAUUUUUCUGAUUUUUGCACGGGUCAUUUGUCCUC